UAUGCACAUCUUCCACAAAGAGCAUUGUAAGCGUCACUGCAAAUUUCCACCUAUGACUUAAUGUACCUGGUUACAAAGAGCCCCAGGGGUUUUGAGGAAAAUAUUUUCUUUUGAAUACGACAAAGCUUUAGGGGAUAAUUAGAAGCAGAUUUGCAGGAAACCGAAGAUGACUCCACCUUGAACACGUCAAAAUGUGACUGUUGGUUUUAGAAGCGAGCAGACAAAACCUAUGCUAAGGGCUCAGGAUCACAGUCAUGGCUUCAAGAAACUAUCAGCGCCCAAUCCCAGGUGAGAGCUUCCAACAGGAAUUUGAGCGCAAAUUAAAAAACAAUGAAUUCCUGCAAGAGUUUGAGGAGCUUAAACAGGUCGGCAACAACCAACCAAAGGUGGAAGCAGAAUUACCAGCAAAUGCAGCAAAAAACCGAUACCCUUACAUUUUACCAUAUGAUCAUUCCAGAGUAAAGCUAACAUUAACAGACGGGGACCCCCAUUCUGGAUAUAUCAAUGCAAAUUACAUCCCGGGUUUUCGUGCAGACAAUGAGUAUAUUGCAACACAGGCACCCACCCAAGCAUCCCUUGUUGAUUUCUGGCGCAUGACCUGGGAGCAGAGAGUAAAGAAUAUAGUGAUGUUGACUGUAUGCGAGGAGGAAGGGAAGAAGCUGUGUGAUCAAUACUGGCCCUCAGACUCUGCUUCGUAUGGACCAUUUAAAGUGUUCUUUGUAGCAGAAGAUCCUUGUAAAGACUGGACCAAACGCCAUUUCAAACUACAGCAUGUCGUAGAAAAUCAAGUGAGGCAUAUCUUUCAGAUGCAUUAUGGAGCAUGGCCUGAUCGUGGUGUUCCUCAAUCCCCAGCUUCCUUGGUUACCUUUGUGGAGAUUAUGAGGAGUCAGAUCUCUGCUAAAGAGUAUGGACCCACAGUGCUACACUGCAGUGCUGGUGUUGGGCGAACUGGGACACUGAUAGCUCUGGAUGUGGCUUUGCAGAUGUUGAGAGCUGAAGGCUAUGUAGAUGUAUAUGGCACUGUAUAUCAAAUGCGAUCCAGCAGAGUCAUGAUGCUACAGACUGUGGAACAAUAUAUAUUUGUGCAUCGUUGCAUCCUUGAAACAAUAUCACAGAUGGGAAAAGAGAACUUCAGUGUAUAUUGCGAACAAAGAAACAGUUGUUGUGACAAAGACUUGCAAAACGAUCAUUACAGUCCAGAGGCUUCCGUAGAUUGUAACACCACAUGGAAAGAAAUGCCAUAUUAACACUGUCAUUUGUACAUCUAAUACAAUUGAAUUAGCCAAUAAAAGU